CGCUCUUGAUCUCAAAUGCAUGGGUGAUGCAUUUGGUGCAUCCAUAAUAUGAUGAUAUUAUCAUCAUAAUUUACAAAUUUAGUUUAAAAACUACUAGUUAUAAAGCUUUCCACCUCAAUAGGAGUGUAAAAAUCCCAGCCAACCAAAUAAUAUACCAAUGGCAUCGAGCUUACUGCAGAAUCGACCACAGUAUGAGCAAAUGUGUAGAGAUUACCUAAAUUUGAAUAUAAUGACCAGAAACUGUUGUGCACGGAAACCGGAACUAGUACUGAAAUUCAAAAAUGCCCUAAAGAAUGAAAUGCAUUCCGUUAGAAAAUUAGAACGCGCCGAAAGCUUGGAUACGCUGUUCUCCCUGUUGGAAAGAAGAAAUCUGUUGAGCAUGGUAAAAAUAAAUCUGCUGGUUCUUUUUGAUGAAUAUCUUGAGGACGUGGAUUAUUCCAAAAAUUUGGGGAAGUAUCGAGCAACGUUAGAGGAAAACUUUGCUGUUAUAAGGCGUUUCUAUCUUGAAGAUCUUCGCUAUCGGGACCGUCGAACACUUCUUGAGAAAGAAAUUGAGCAGGCAAAGUUGGACAAUCCAAUAGAAAAUCCAACUUCACAGGAAAGGUUUCCGGUUCCAUCUGACCCCACUAAAAGUCAUGAUAAUUGCAUAAGAAACAGUUUCACCAAGCAUCGCCAGGCAAUCUUUUCUUUACUGAGCAAGGAAAUAGGUCGCAAUUGGAGCACCUUCGGGCGGUUAAUGCAGCUGAGUGAUAGCAGCCUGGAGGAAAUCGAGUUUCGCCAUCCUAGGAACGUUAAAGCUAUUGUGGGCGACAUUCUAGAAACUGCUGAAAGGGAGCAAAACGAGAACGGGCAGGAUCAUUUUGUUGGUGUCCUAAUGGAGGCUCUGGUUGAAUUUCGCCGUAAAGAUUUGAAAAAUAAAAUCGAAAAACUUAUGAAAUGAAA